GCGAUACACGCGGAGAGUUGUAGGGUGUGGAUGUGGAAGACCCCGAACGGCCAAGAUGGCGGCGUCCAUGGCAGAUGCCGGGGAGUUUGAGAAGUGGCUGGAUGAUCGGCUAGACUCCUUAGAAGUGGACCAGGAGGUGUAUGGAGCUUAUAUUUUAGGAAUACUUCAAGAGGAGGAGAGUGACGAAGAGAAGGAGGACGCACUGCUAGGAAUUCUAUCUGCGUUUUUGGAGGAUGAGAAACUUGAAGAUGUCUGCAAAGAGAUCAUUAGUCAGUGGGCUGAGAGCUGUGCCCGGUCGGCAACCAAAAACAAGGAGGAUGCUGAGGUACUGGCCAUUGCCAAUCUGAUAGAGAAGCAGGCACAGAUUGUGGUGAAACAGAAGGAAGUAUCUCAGGAGUCCAGGAAGAGGAAAGAAGCUAAAGAAGCAGUCCUGGCUCAAUAUGCCAAUAUCACCGAUGAUGAGGAUGAAGCUGAAGAGGAGGAGCAGGCUUUCCCCCCCAGUGGUGAUAAAUGUAUCCUGUCUACGCCUCUUAUUGCUCCUCCGAUAACUCCUAUUGAGGAAAAAUCCCUGUUUAAGAACACCAACGUGGAGGAGGUUCUAAGCAGGAAGAAACAGCAGAGGGACCAGGCUAAGGAAGAUUCGCAUAAGAAGAAAGAGACGGACAAGAUGCAGCGCGAGAAGGAUAAACUAGCGAGGCAGGACAGGAAGGACAAGGAGAAGAAACGCACACAGAAAGGGGAACGCAAAAGAUGAGAAAAACAAAUGACACUUUGGGACAUUGUCACAUGAAAUGCUUUGUUACUGGACAAAAAAAAUGAAAUCAACAUCUAUUUUUACCUAUCCCUUAUUACCACCCAUACGAUUGUAACAUGACGCUGUAACAACUUGUCUGGACAUGAAUUAUUUUAACCAAUUACCGUUUUAGUUUUCUAUAGAUUUCAAUCAUCAAGCUUUAUCUAAAGCUGGGAAGCGGUCCAUCUAUCUACAAUGUGUUCUUUCUCCUCAACUGUGAUGAAUAAAGUAAAUCAGUGACUCUAUGAAAAGCCAACUUUAAUAGUCUAUCUCUACUUGCUAUGAUCAACCUGCACAAGCGAUGUUUCGGUAUCAUUGCUGUCCCUGCCUCCUUUUCAAUAUGCCUCUACUAAUGGGGAGACUGCCGGAAAAUUAAUAGUCAUUCAAUAGAUGUAGCAUGCAAGCCUUCACUCUAAAACUGUUUGCCCCGUUUAAGUAAUAAUUUUCCAAGAUAAAUGUUUUUAAAUGGCAUUCAAAUGUUCUGCAAUUACUAUAGGGGAUAUUGUAGUAAAAGGAAUGGGAAGUGCCCUAUGGGAUCUUAACUCACUCAGAUUGAGGAACUGCUAGUAUGUGCCAAUGUGUUGCAAAUGCUUUUCCUCUUUGGAGACGGAUUCUCUCAAGGCUCACACUCAAAUCAUUGUCAUAUUAAAUACAUUCAGUUUGGCACCCCGGUCUUCAUGUACUGUCUAUGCACUCUCUUGUAUGAGAAUCAGAACAAUGUGGAGGUUGAUACUGUAUACCUCGAUUAUAUCAUAUACAAUGUUUGCAGAAUGGCAAUGGGGUUCAUUUUUAACAUCUUUUUUGAAUAAAUAAAUGCCAUUUUAAA